AAAAUGCAACAUGCCACUGGCUUGACUUUGACUUUAUUCGUGAUUUAAAAAACUAUAAUUGAACUAAAUAGAUAUUGUAUUACAUUUACUGUAUUUGAUUAAUCAACUGGAAACCCAAACAGGUUCUCACUUUACACGGUCCCGUAUAAGACUACAACUCCCACAAUUCCACGCGCUACCCGGCUACAAUUGCGUCGCACAUUGGAAAACAACAUGGCCGUGACACCGGCGAGACGAUCAUCUUACCACGAUUUAGGUUUGUGGGCGGACCGGACCGCCCUCCACGAGGCCGCAUCUCAAGGCAGAGCUUUGCAGUUGAUCCGGUUGAUCGAGAGCGAGCCGUCGGUCAACAUCGUGACCGUGGACAACAUCACGCCGCUCCACGAGGCUUCCCUGCAAGGGCACCCGCACUGCGUCCGGCUGCUCCUGGAAGCUGGAGCCCAGGUGGACGUGCGCACGAUCCAUGGCAGCACCCCCCUCUGCAACGCCUGCACUUCCGGAAGCCUGGAGUGCGUCAAGCUGCUCCUUCGGUACGGCGCCAAAGUCAACCCGUCACUCACUGCUUUGACCGCCUCCCCCCUCCACGAGGCCUGCAUCCAAGGAAAUGCGGAGAUCGUGAGGCUGCUGAUCGCCAGCGGCGCACAGCUGGAGGCGUACGACGUCCACUUCGGCCCACCCCUGCACAUCGCGUGCGCUAAAGCGCAUUUGGACUGCGUCAGGGAGCUUCUGCUCGCAGGUGCCGACGUGAAUUCAAGCAAGUUCCACGAGACCGCCUUGCACCACGCAGCCCGACUCGACACGCCGGACGUGAUCGAGCUGCUGAUGGACUUCGGCGCCAACGCGCACUCCGUCGACAACCAGGGACUCAAGCCCGGCGACUACUCCGCGCCCGCGUCGGCGUCGCACGCCUGUCUCAGGUUUUACGAAAGAAACCCUCUCGGCCUGCAGCAGCUCUGUCGGAUCACCAUCAGGAGGGUUCUGGGUCCCGCGGCCUCGGUGGGCGUAGGUUUGCUGGACACAUCCCGUCGCAUCCAAAACUAUCUCCAGUUCUGUGUUCGCCCCGCGUCUCUAUAGUUCCAUAAAUGUUUGAUUUAUUAUACAAGUGUACAUUCUACCGCUAUUUGUAAGGUACAGUACGAGGAACGAGAGCAACUGUGAAUAACAGAAACCCACAAGUACUUAACUCUCCACCUGCGGGCGUUCGCCGACGACAUCUGAUGAGUUUUGAGUUUUUUUUUUCAAUAGCGACGGGACGACGGUGGCCAUGUUUGAUUGGGCCUCCUCAUCUGACGUGUGCUGGCUACAUCAAAGAGUUAAUAGAAACUGCAUGGAAGCGGGCAAAGCAUUUUUCGCAAAAGAUCUUGGAAGGUGAGUGCAAGAAGACACUCGGAACAUGCUACGGUUACUACGACCUCGUAGUUUACCUGUAUUGCGUAGCAUUUAUUAUUAUGGAAAUGCAAAAAAGCUGAAUUUAAUGAUUUCAUAUUGUUUGUGUUAAGCGGCCAUUUAUUUUU